AUACACGUCGUGCCAAAAGCGUAGCAGGCAGCGAUGAAAAAAAAUAAAUGAAAAAAUUGUGUGAAGCGAGAACAUUGGAAAACCCCAAGCGCGAACCACGCCAUUGUGUAAGAAAAAAAUCCAAAAAUUGUGUGUACAUCUUGCGAAACGGUUAAAUUCGAGUUGUCGUCGAAUCGGAACGUACCUGCAACGCAAGAUCCGGUAACAAAAUCAAAGCAAAAGCGAAUCAGGAAACGGCUUGCGAGGCCAUUGGCUGCUCCUACAGCAACGUUCGGGACGUGAGGAGCCGAUGCGAAUGCAUCAUCAUCAACAGGAUAAGCAGCAGGAGAAGCAGCUGAACUGGCCAACGGCAUCGAAUCUACUAUGGCACCAGCGCUCACCGCCGAGCCAUUAAGUACCAAGGAGAAGCUAACAAGCGCAGCAUCGCCAUCGGUGGUGGUGAAGAAACCAGCGACGCCCACGCCGGCAACGGCCACAACGCGUGUGACGCGUUCCUCCAAGGAGGCGGCCGCCGCAGCAGCAGCAGCUUCCAAAGCUGCGGCUGCAGUCGUCCCGCAACGCGUUCCAUCGAGCAGAAUCAGCAACAAUAAGCGUAAACUAAGCGGCGGCAACAAUAGCAGCAACAAGCAACAAAAUAAUGAUCCAAUGGGCCUAAGCACAGCUCCAACCCCACACACAACAACAACAACAACCACGAGCACAGGUUCAGUGGUUGCAGAAGCAGAAGCAGAAGCAGAAGCCGCCACAGGAGCAAGCGUGCCACCCAUUAGCGACGCCGAUGUGGCAUCAACCAGUGCUACGGUGCUCCUUGAAAGCGAAUCGCCUGCUCCACAAGAAAGCGAAUCGCCUGCUCCACAAGAAAGCGAUUCCCCUCCAAGCACCGACGUGCCUCCUGCAGCGGCUACCAUCGAGCACAACAACAACAACAAUAGUAGUGGUAGCCGCCCCAGCAAGGACAACUCCACGGCACAGCUGCUGGCAGAUCUGAACAGCGACUUUGUGGAGACCAUCUCGGCGGGAAUCUGUCUGCGCAAGACCCUACCCGAAGUAAGUCUUAGCAAGGAGCCAGCACCAUCCGCUGUGGCACUCACAGGAGCAGAGACAGCCGUGGAAGUAGCCGAAACUGUGGCUGAAGUAGAAGUUGAAGUUGAAACAGAAGCAGUCACAGGGGAAUCCACAACGGGUGUGCCAGAGCCAGAGACACAAAUCGAUCUGAUUCAGUCGAUGGAAUUGGAGCAACCAGCGGCGACGACUGCGUCAGUAGAGGAGCUGCCAAAGAUCGAUGCGGAUAAUAUAGAGGAGCGCCUCAGCCAGCUGGAUGGCAAUGCCAGUACAAUUUUGGUGGAGCUGCCUUCGGUGCAGCUGGAUCAUGAGCAGGGUCAGGUGCAGGUGGAGGUUGUGAUUCCAGCCACACCCACAACGCCCAGCCGGCAACAGGUGCAACAGGAUCCAAGAUCCGAGCCAUUGCCUGGUAUUCUGGCUUCGCCGCUGCCGGGUCAGAGGCACUCCACAGCUGCGUCAGCAUUGAAUGCGUCACAGUUGACGCCUCAGAGUACUUCCAGUUCCACAAAUUUCCUCAAAGAUGCCACAGCCGGCGUUGUGCUGGAGGAUCCCGACAUCGAAGAGGUCCUCAAGGCACUGAAAACGUUUGAGGGCAAUCACGUCAUCAAUCCGGACAUUAAUCCGGACAUGUGUGAUUUCAACUUCUUUAGCGAGGUGUGGGAGGAGCCACCACAAGCGACAGCGGUCACGCAUCGAUCCUUCACGCCACAGUACACCCAGAAUCCCAUAGGCGGCCACAGCGGCGUCAUCACUUCGCAUGUCCCAACAGCAGACUCGAUGGCGGAAUGUCAGAAAUCAAUCGAGCAGCAGCAACAAAUGCUCACACGAAAGAUGGAGCAUCUGUUCCGGCGCAUGCGGAAGUUACAGGCGCGCCAAAUGUGCAGCCACACCAGCGAGGAGGUGGUCGGGAUUAUGGAAUGGGCCGCUCGCAUCUCCCACAAGACACCCAAUCCCGUGAGAAGUGACACGCUCAGUGAGCAGGAGACCACCGUGCAGUCGAUCGUCUCCGGGCGACCGAGGCCGGACUUUUGGGAACAUCAAACGAAGCAUCCAGUGCCAGCCAACCAAUUGGCCAGCAUCCUUCGCAGCAUUGCAACGGCUGCGCGGCACCAGCAGAUCUGUCAUACGCCCAGCGGUGGUUCUGCUACCUUGGCCCCAUCCUCUACAUGGUACAACAGUGCCAGCUGUGCAGCGGCCGUGCCUGCCAAGGCACGUCGUGGCAAGAAUCAGCUGGACACAUCAGCAGGAGCGGCAUCCACAUCAAUGGCAGGAGCAGCAGCGGCAGUCAUUGAACAGAAAACGCCCGGUUUGCAUGAGAUUAUACCCUGCUUUGAUACACACAUAACCAACGAGCUGACCCACGUCUCUGGGCUGCUGCACAAUGAGAUGCGGGAGAUACAGAAUGCCAUUGAUUCGGAUGCGACAGAGUCGAGCUCUGGCGGCGAGUCUGCCGACGAGAUGGUCACCUACAAUAAUAACGAACAGAAGUCGCUGACGAUCGCCCGUCGUGCCGUGUGGACAUACUCAAAAGAUCGAGCAAAUAUUGCAUUGCGCUGGUCCUGGCUGUGCUCACAAAUGGCAGAUUUGGAGGGCAGGAAGCGCCAGUAUCGUGAGAUGUAUAUAGAUUUGACUCAAGCAAAGGGCGCCGUGGAGCUGGAGCCGAUGCAGGUGCAGCAGCCGGCGAAUGGUUACAAGGAGGAACCAUCCAGCGAAUGGCAAUGCAGCCGUGCCCGUCCCCUGAUGCUGAGCAAGUUUCGUAAGCGCAGCCUAUUCCAGACCACGGGCAUACACACGAUUUCCAAGAAGGCCGCACGGCCGAGCAACAUCAAAUGCGGCUGCCAGUGGCCACAGAUACCGUGUGCCCUGUGCACGGGACGACCAGAUCCGACAGCACCGCGAGAGUUGGCCGAAAUGAUGAUGCCCGCAAAUCGAGUGGCGCUCCUCGAUCCCGGCUAUCAUCCAGUGCUCAGCUUUGACACGGAUGUAACUCAAUCUGUGCAUUUUGAGGCCGUUUGCCGGCAGGGGGACUGGCAGCAACGCGUAUCACGUUGUCAGGCCAAGACCGUUGUCAAGGGUGUUCAUAGGGCGGAACGCGAGGCCAUUGCUGCUAGCAAUAGUGCUGCUCGUCGUCCCGGCGAUUUGAUCAAGCGUCGCUAUAUAAGACGCAAAGAGCGUAACAACAAUAACAAUAAUAAUAAUAAUUCAAACUCAAAUAAAGAUGCCACUACAACGGCAGCAGCGGCGACGGGUCUUGGGGACAGCGGAAAUGGUACAGCAACUUCUACUUCUUCUACGCCUUCUACAACGCCACUUGUGGCCAACACGAGCAGGAGGCAGCAGACGCAGCCACCGACUGGAAUGAACGCUUCGAGCAUAUCGUGGCCCGACUCUCGCCAACGCCAACGACAGCGCCACCUCAGUCCCUCCUCAGCAGCAACUGCACCUCAGAUCUCGAACAGCGACGCUAAGCGGCGUCGCACAUCCACAAAAAACAGCAGCAGCAACAGCAAUUCCAACGCACCAAACAACAGCCAUCUAAAUGGGUAUAGCGAUCAAAGCGGAGUAGGAGUAGGAGGAGAUCUGAGAAAUAGUAGCCGUAGUCGUCAUGCCUCACCCACGCACAACCAACGCACGGAGAGAACAACAGAGCGUCGUCAUCGUCCCGUUUAUGAUAUUGAUAACAUUGUUAUACCCUAUAGUAUUGCUGCUCAAACGAAGGUGGAGAUACUGCCCUACAAAGAGAUACCCACACCCAAAUGGCGCGUUGUCGAUAGCGAGACUGAUAACACGACACCCGCAGAACCAGCAGCAUCAUCAACCGAUGAUUCAACAGCAGCGCCAGCACCAGCAGCAGCACCAGCCGCAGCACCACCACUACCAACACAAACAGAGAUUAAGUCCGGCGGGAAUGGCAUUGUGCCAGCGGUAGCAGCGGCAGCUGGUAUAACGUCAAAUGAACAGAAGCCACAGGCACAGUCGGUGCCUGGGCAGCCUUCGAAGGUGAAUGGCUUGAAGAAGUUACAGCAGAACACCAAGCACAAUAUUAACAAUAAUAAUAACAAUAACAAUGGACUGGUAAAUGGUAAUAUAAGAAAGGAGAAGGCGGAGGCUUGUGAGAAGAAGAAUGUUCCCCCCCAGUUGCAGGUUAAAGAGAAAGAAAAGGCUGUGCUCCAGGUGCUGGCUGUGCAGGCGGAAGCUAAUGUCAGGAAUGAGGAUAUCCUGUCAGCAGUUGGCUUGGAGAACGAUAUUCAGUCAUCAUUUAUGACUAAUAAAAAAGAUAUCCAGCCAACAGCCAGCGGCCUAAAGGACAUUCCGUCAACACUCAGCGACCAAAAAGACAUCCAGUCCUCCGCCAGCGACAAGAAGGACAUCCAGUCUUCCACCAGCGAUCAAAAUGACAACCAGCCCUCCACCAGCAACUAUAAGGACAUACUUCAGUCGAAAGCCAGCAGAAAAAAGUCUGCCAGAGCUAAGAGAAAGUGUCUCAAGAAAAAGAAGCACAGGCCCAAUGGGAAAAUUGCAAAGGCAACGGCUACAGCAACAAAAGAAGAAGCCGCGACUGAAACUGCCGCUGCUGCUGGUGCAACAAGAGUCGAAGAAAAGAGCAGACCUCAUUUGAUUGAAGGCGUCCGAAUAGCCACGGUGGAACCAAUGGCCAAGCGGCCCAAAUUACAGCUGGCCAAGGGCGGAGAGGGCGACAAACCCAAGACGAAUGGCGGCCAAUCGAUUGCGCCAAUCGUACAGUUGGACCCGGAGGAGGACGACGAGGAUGAGGACACUUCCGACGAGGCGUACGCUGGGCGACAUCACCUUGCCCAGAUCGAAGAGCGGCAACGCUUCGAGACUUAUCUAAAGUUUCCAUGGAGCACGCGACCGCGUGCUAAUCGCCGGGUGGACAGUCGCGCCGAAUCGAGUGGCGCCAAUACACCGGAUUCGGCCUCACCAGCGCCACAUCUGGCUGGUGGUGGUGCCGGUGGAUUGGGGGACAACGAGAGCAUACCCUCGCCGUUGGCCCAUCCACUGGAGGGUUUCAACGAUAACGGGGAGAUGGUGGCGACAACGGUACGCCCUCAGGCACGCCGAAGGACCACGUCCAGCAAGCUUAAGGAUCAGAUGGAACGCCGCAGUGCCACGCCGGACAUAAAAGAUACUUUUGUUGAGCCAUCGCCCUUCGAGCCGCUGACCUUUCCCCUGUCCGAGGACGUCUACCAGAAGAUGCUGUCCGAGCGCUAUGCCCCGCCCAAGCAUGAGGUACUGAAGCCUGAGGUGAAGCGCACCAAGAGCAAGUCCACAUCCUCCAAUGGCGAUGGGGGAUCAGCGAGCGCCGGAAAGAGCAAACGCCGCAGCAGCAAGACGAAGACCAAGCUAGUCAAUGGACAAUUCAAUGGUCAGCUAAAUGGUCACCAAACGGCGGAUGCUGCUGAUGCUGCGGCGUCAACAGCCACAGCGACUGCAGCAAAGAUCAAUGGUGGCAUGGAUGAGGAGGUGGAAGAUGACAUGGAAGACGGCGUGGACUAUGACCCAGAUCCUGAGGAUAUGCUGAUGGAGGAGCUGGAGGAGGACUACCCCAAGCAUCAUUUGGCACCGCUCGAUGACGACGAAAUGCAUGGUGAUGAUGAUCUUUACAACUCUGCGAUCGAUGCCUAUUUGGGUGACCAAGAGGCCCUGGAGGAGGACAUGGCCGACGAUCCGUUUGGCGACGAUGAUCCCAAUGAUCCUGAAUGGAAGACCCGCAGCGAUGGAUCCCGCAAGCGUCUCUAAAAAGCCAACCCAUUAUCCAAAGCAAACAACUUUUCAUUCUUUCUCUCUCUCUCGUUACCAAUUCAUAAUUUUAACAACAACAAAGAAAACGAUGUUUUAUCAAUUUUAAACACAAAAAACACACACAAAGGAGAUGGUAUGGAGCGAUCGAGUAUUUUAACUUGUUUUAAAAGAUUUAUAUUUGUUUGUUUUGCCGUCGUUUUGUUGUCGUACCCGCUGGGCUGAUGACCGACAGCAUGGCACGGCGUACUCUUUAACAAUCUUCUAAGUUAUUUAGUUCUACGACACACACACACAUGCGCCGCGAGGAGAAAGGAGAAAGAAAGAAAUGCGAAAAGAAAACUCGUUAAGAGAGAGAAGGUGUUGUGUACCUUGUAAAUAAAAAGCAGCAAAAAUAUAGCGAAUAAGCUGAAUAAUUCUAAAGAAAAACUAAAAGAGAAAAAACCAAGUGUAACUGUAAACUAUAAUCUAAACAAUAAUAAUGCUGAGGCGAUUGCGACUGCUAUAGCUACUUUGCGAUUAAGGAUCGAACACACCCACCACUCUGUCAAUCGAAAUGCAACACUUUCUUGUGUAACUUUGUGGGUGGUGAGUGCGUUCGGUUUAUCGGCGAGAAGACAACAGGCAGGCAGCAGGCAGGCACUUGGGCUAAAAGCCCCACAGUGCGUUCAAGAAUAAAAGAUUUAAGCUAAUCUACAUAUAAACAAAUAAACUUAUAAAUAUAUAUAUAAUAUACAAAGAACCCACACACACACAUAAAUAUAUAUAUAUAUAUAUAUAUAUAUUAGAUGCCGUUAGUGCGGUUUAUAUUUAGUAGAAGAUAUGAAAUGUAAUCGCGCGCACCGGCACAACAACCAAACCAACCAAACCCAAUCAAACCCCCCUUAAGCUUGCUUUUACGUCAUAUUUGGUUAAGAGACAAACCUAUGUAAAAAAGAAAUUAUCGGAAGAGAAGAAUCGAAAGUGAAGCGAUAGAGAAGAGAAAUGUGUGGGGGUGCAGUUGAGUGCAGCACGAAAAUGUAUAUGUAAUGUAUUUAGUCGCUUAGUCGUUUUCAUUUCUACUUUAAACGUUAGUAGUUAUUAAACAAAAACAACAAAACACACAAAAAAACAUAAACAAGAACGGUUAAAUGGCCGUUUAAAUGUUUAUUCUAAUUAUUUUUCCUCUCGUUAAACACUUGAAGAAAGCAAAGAAAAAUAUGUGAAAGAUUUACUAAGGAUAGCAGAAAUACAGAACUCUAUAUUCGUAAAAAUUA